CUGGCCUCAUCCAUUGGCAAUCGAAUGGACUGGAGGGCCGCUCGUGAGAAGGUUCUAGGUUUGAAUGUGCUGCUGCUGCGGCAGCAGUGCAGUGCAGUGUCGCGCAGGCGAGCAGAGCAGGGGAGAGCACAGCGAGGGAGGGAGGGAGGCGAUGAGCAGUGAGUGAUCAGCGAGCGCGAGAGCUUUACCUCAUCAGCCCCGACCCCGUCUCAGAAAGGCUCAGACUCUCUCACGCGAGUCGUCGGAGGGGGGCUCGAGUGUGAAACGCCCAUGGACGCUCAUGGACAUGGCACUGUAAAGCGCGCUGGAUCCAGAACUUUAUGAUCUGCCGAGGCUGCUGCUGCUGCUGCCGCUGCCACAGUUCGCUAGCGAGCACUAAAUUUAGGAAAGGACAAGUUUGGAGAACUUACUUUCGCAGAGCAGUGACAAUCGAUUUGGACAAUUCGGCAUUCAGCGUUGUGCUGUGGGGGAAAAUCAUUCUCGAAAAGAAUGACAGAUGCCCUCUCGAUGCAGCUCGCUCGCCUGGAAUGGGCGCAACCAUAGUGCCGAAAGUCCAAAAGCGCUCGAGUCUCAUCGCGGUGGUCUCGACAGAAGGGCAUUUCUCCGGUCUCAACAACCACUUUGAGAUUUUAGGAAGGCAUGCAAACUCCAGAGUCCAGACUGGCUCUUAGCUUCCAUGUCGAGCUGAUGAUGAUGACCGAUUCUUGUCUGGAUCAGUUGGCAAAUUGCUCAAUAAGACAAUGCUUCGAUCCAGGUCAUUCCAGGAUGACCCACAAAAAUCUGAUGAGGUGUCAAGGUGUAAGCGUCAAGCGUCGGUCGGUCUCAACUCUCUCGACUUCGCGCAAGCAUCAACUGUGUGAGUGAGUGGUUAGGCUUCUGGACCGAGUAGCGUGCUGCUGAAAAGGCUACGUUGUAUCUGACUCGAAAUUACCACACGUAGUAAGCAUGCACGAGUGAUUACCCUCCAUGCGACCUGCUGCUGAUGAUGAUAUUUUGUCUUUACAACUCAGAGAUACAUUUGCUGCAGGGCUUCGUAGACAGAUUCCUGGAUUCAUCUCUCAUGGAGAGCCUUCGCCCUCUUUUACAUAAUUCUUCUGCAUUUAACCCCGAAAGCCUUCAGUCAGACCAUUAUGCACUACGUGCUGCGCCCUUAUUGGCCCCGCGUACCCCAUUCUACUCAUUCCACUGUGCCUGCCUGCCUGCGUACGGGUUCGCUCUCUACUUCUCCUCGCCUGCGGUUACCCUGGAACAAUCCGUCGCAACAAACUCAUCUAAUCUCGUCGACAUGUCGUCGUAUGCCUGCCAGGCCUGCAUAUCUCAUUCACGUACUGUACGCUGAGCUUGGAGUCAUCGGUGCGAGCCUUUUGACCGCCCGGACCUCGUGAUUCCGCAUACAUUUUCUCGUAUCCGUGGGAAGAGGGGGUUGAGAAUGUCUCCCCGCCGCUAUUCAAGGCCUAGGAUUCCAAAUUGCGCCUUCAUUCAAAGCUCUUCUAUGUCGACUGACGAGAUUGAUCUUAUGGCUCCCGCUACGACGAGACGAACAUCGACGAGCUCGUGUUAUCAGACAGGCCCCUUCCAGGAUUUCGCCUGUCGAGGCUGGGUAGUCAAGGGUACGUGCAUAUUAUCAUAGAGCAUUGUUUUGGAACUCCACUGUGCUCGAGGAUGGCUUCUACUUUACCAUAUCAUCUGCCACCCGAACAUAUUCGAAACCACUGGAAAAACCUCCUUUUCUUCCCUGACGAUAUUGCAAAUUCUGAAGAACGCAAUAAGAGACGUCUGCUGGACCUGACUAGAACAGAGCUUCAGCAUCUGAAGCUGGGCUAGCGUCAAAGCCCUGAAGCGUGAUAAGUUAAUCUAUUGAGUAUAUUGUUUAGGGUUGGAUAAACUGUGGUUGCUGUAUAUAAAUUAAAUAUGUGAAAGAGUGUAGACUAUAAUUGCUAUAUAAGAACAUAAUUACAUGACAUGAGUGAAAUUCAGAAAGGG